AUGCAAGCUGGUGGAGACCUGUCAGUUAGUACUUCGUUGAAACGACCAUUACUAGGUCGCGUGGAUUCGGGUGAACAGGCUGAUCUAGUUUUCCGUAUUGCUUAUGGUACUUUGAGGCUAGCUCACAAGGCUGGUAAUGAUAUUUUGCACAACUUUAUAUGCCAGUGGUCCGAACCCUUUUGGAUAUCUAUGUUGGUUGUCAGUUUGAAUUGGAAUAAUUCACUUGGGGAACAAGUAAAUUUAGAGGAUCUUUAUUCUCAAGCUUCUUCAUGCAUUAAUGAUGAAAAUAAAACAGAUGAAGAGUCGAAAUAUAGGUUAAAUCAACUUAAACUAUUCAUUGUAUGGCUUACGAUUUAUUUGGACAUCCAAUAUUCUCAACAAAAUUUUACAUCUUUACCAUCGAGUGCAAUUGGUUUAAUUUUUCUAGCUGCUAAAUAUUGCUUGAUUCGUGCUCCUGAAGAUGCACAUUCUGAUGUUACACCAAAAGCUACGGAACUUCGACUAGAACUUCUCUCUCGAUUAGUAUUAUAUCCUAAUAUGUGGUCUUGCUUUACUUAUACAUUACAAUUAGUUCGUAAAUUUUCUGAUAAUAACAACCCUCCUAAUUUAUAUUCAUUGCUACAAGGAUAUCAUAAUUCAAUCGGUCAGCAAUGUUGUUCUACUUUGGAUGAAUUAAGAAACUUAUUAAUUUCACCAAUUCGUCGGUGGUUAGGACGUGUGGAUUCUUUGCCUAGUUAUAUUGAUCGACGGUGUAUAGCCGUUGCUGCUAUCACUUGUUUUAGACAAGGUAUUCAGUCAUACAAUAUCAAUGAUCAUCAACUACUUGAUGUGAAAUAUUUGGAAGAUUUGGCUGUAAAUGAUAGUUGGCAUGCUCAAUGGCUUGAACCAGUCAUCAAUCUUAUUAUACAGGUUCUUUACGAUGAAGAAGAAGUGUUUACAGAAGAUGAAAAUAUUCAGUUUUAUCAUUUUUAUCCAAUAGGAAUUUCUACAUUGAACAAUUUAAAACAUCGACUUAGAAAUGAACUCAAUUUAUGGCAAGAUCAAGUAGGCUGUCCUACAAUAGCCGAUGCUUUGCUUAAAUGUCAUGUUGAUCCAGCUCUUCGUGUUCAGUUAGAAUGUCAAUUAAAUCAAAGUGAAUAG